UAGGUCUCUAGUCAAAAUGAAUGCAAACCAUCACGUGGGAUUCAGCCAAGCAGUGACGUGAAAUUCUGCUCUGUCAGAGAGAGCAUCUGCCAAGCCCACACUGAAACUGCUGCCUGCCUGUGCAGCAGCUGAGGAGCCGCGGACUUCACAGCACAGGCUCAACCCCAGGAAAACCGCUCCACAGCCUUCCUGCAGCUGCCAGGCGACAGCGCGAGGAGAGAGGUAAAUCCUAUUCUUCCCCAAGACGAGGAGGCACUACAUCCCAGCUCUGGCUGCUCUACACUGCAGCUCAGUGUCGGCACGAGAAAUAUGGAUACUGGGAAGAGAACACAGCACCGCAUUGUCCAGCCCGGAAAACAGCAGCUGUAAAAAGCUUCAAUGCAUCAACUGUCGGGAAGAGUCAACAGUGCUCCAGAGAGCACGGACAACUACAGCUCUUUUGUUUAAGGGAAGACAGAGAGAAGGAAAGAAAGGGGAAAUCUCAGACGACUAGGACCCCUAUGAACAAGGAGGACAACCCGAAGACAAGCAGACAGAUGGACACUUUGGAGACUGUGAAAAGCAAUCGCAGGAGGCAGACUGUUGGGGGAUGUGCGCAUGUUCGAUAGCAUCUUUUUGCUGAAGUGAUGGCGUGCCAAAAGUAUUUUCAGUGGGCAUAAUCCUCUCCACACAAAUGGCCUGUCGAGGAAGGUGCAUCUUCUCAUUGACUUUCUCAGCACAGUAGGGGCCAGUGGAAACAUGCCAAGCAGUGCACUGUGACUAACAGAACUCUGCCACCAUCAACCUUGCACCGUCUGCCCCACAACUGAUACAUGACCAUUUUACAAAAAAGGCCGCUGACUGUGCACCAUACCACCAAUGAAUGACUUCGAGGGACACGACGUGACUGAAUUAGAAAAUAAUGACCAAAGAACAGUAUUGAUUUGGGAAGAGAAAACAUCUCUGGCCACCGGUAUCUCACAUGCCACUGCUGGAUAUUCACAACAUGCUUCAGUGGAGGAGAAGACAUUGCUGCUUCGCAAAAAUGACCUGGAAUGCCAAGAGGUCUCUGUUCCGUACCCACCUCAUUGGUGUACUUUCUCUAGUGUUUCUGUUCGCUAUGUUUUUAUUUUUCAGUCACCAUGACUGGCUGCCAGGUAGAACUGGAUUCAAAGAAAACCCUGUGACAUACACUUUCCGAGGAUUUCGUUCUACAAAAAGUGAAACAAACCACAGCUCCCUUCGGAACAUUUGGAAAGAUACAGUCCCUCAAACGCUGAGGCCUCAAACAGUAACAAACUCCAAUAAUACAGAUCUGUCACCACAAGGAGUCACAGGGCUGGAGAAUACACUUAGUGCCAAUGGAAGUAUUUACAAUGAAAAGGGCACUGGGCAUCCGAACUCUUACCACUUCAAAUACAUUAUCAAUGAGCCGGGAAAAUGCCAGGAGAAAAAUCCUUUCUUAAUACUACUAAUAGCUGCAGAACCAGGACAAACAGAAGCUAGAAGAGCUAUUCGGCAAACUUGGGGCAAUGAAAGUCUAGCACCUGGUAUCCAAAUCACCCGCAUUUUUUUGUUGGGCGUUAGUAUUAAGCUAAAUGGCUACCUUCAACGUGCAAUACUGGAAGAAAGCAGACAAUAUCAUGACAUAAUUCAACAGGAAUACUUAGAUACGUACUAUAAUCUGACCACUAAAACACUAAUGGGCAUGAACUGGGUUGCAACAUACUGUCCACAUGUUCCGUAUGUUAUGAAAACGGACAGUGACAUGUUUGUCAACACCGAGUAUUUAAUACACAAGUUACUGAAGCCGGACCUGCCUCCCAGACGUAACUAUUUCACCGGCUACCUAAUGCGAGGGUAUGCGCCCAAUCGGAACAAAGACAGCAAGUGGUACAUGCCGCCAGACCUCUACCCCAGCGAGCGCUACCCGGUCUUCUGUUCUGGAACGGGUUACGUUUUUUCUGGAGAUCUGGCAGAAAAGAUAUUUAAAGUUUCUUUAGGCAUCCGUCGUUUGCACUUGGAAGAUGUGUACGUAGGGAUCUGUCUUGCUAAGUUGAGGAUUGAUCCUGUGCCCCCUCCCAACGAGUUUGUGUUCAAUCACUGGCGAGUUUCUUAUUCAAGCUGUAAAUACAGCCACCUAAUUACCUCUCAUCAGUUCCAGCCUAGUGAACUGAUAAAAUACUGGAACCAUUUACAACAAAAUAAGCACAAUGCCUGUGCCAAUGCAGCAAAAGAAAAGGCAGGCAGGUAUCGCCACCGUAAGCUACACUAGGAAAGACCUUUUUUUUUUCAAAUGUGCAAUCUGUAAAUAUUGCUAAAAGCAUGUAUAGUAAAACUGACUACAUCCAUAGGGAAAGUUUUAGUUAGCCUUCAUCACACAAAGGAACUCAGAAAAUAUUUUUUUAAUUUCUGAAGAAAAUAAUUCUUAAAACUACAUUAUAUAUCAAAAAGGUAGCCCAAAAGAAAUCUAUAAGAACUGCAUAAGGGGAUUCUGUGUAUUAACAUGCAGUAACAAGCAUGCACACACACAUCCAUGGUUCAAGUCUUAUGUCAGGGGACAAUAAAAUGUAUUUGCAUUUUUUCCAUAUGAAUUUUAAUUUUAAAAAAUGAAGAUAGUCAAAAGACUCUUCAUUUUAGAUUUAGCUUUUCAUUUUGAUAUAUAAUUAACUGUAAAUAAAACAUUACUAUCAACUUUUAGGAAACUCUAUAACUGUGCAAAGGACAGUUUUCUGACCUGACUAUUCUAGGGUUUUAAAAACGGUAUUCCAUGCAAUAAGAUUUAGUUGAAUUAUUCCAUAAACAUGAAGUUCAGAUGUUUCAUCAAUGCAGUUCUCAUCUAUUUAUUUUUUUUAAAUAUCGAGAUACUCAUUUUAAUUUCUCCUAAUAUCCACACAUACUGGGGAAAAUUAUUUUGACAUGAAGUGAUAAAAUGUGAAAAACCGAUAUGUCUCAGGCUCAAGUUUUGAUAAAAAAAAAGUUAUUAAAUGUUUCAAAGUAGACAAAAUUUUGUUUCCUCAUUGGCUUUAAGGACCAAGCGAGUAUUUCAAUGAGUUUUCAAUUAGAAACUUACUGCACUCUUAAAGAGUACCACCAUUUAAUCUCAAGCAUACCUAAUUCAAAUGUACCUGUAAAAGGAGAUCACACUCCUCUGACUGGGGCAAAAGCAGCCCCUUCAAGGCACAGAAAGGACGUGCUGCCACCACAGACAAGAGGGCGCGCGGGAGCAGCUGCAGUCAGAACGCGUUCCAGAUGCACGUCUGCCAAGCUGCCACAUGCAGGAGGGGAGGCUGGUUUCCUGACAGCAGGUGUACACAUGCCAGCCCGUAAUCCCUACA